UUUUUCCCGUCUGUUUAUCGACUCCCGGCUACCCGUGAUAUGACGUAGCGGACGGACGGCAACGGCGAACCGAAGAACUUUGUUUCACUGCCAGCUAUUGACGUUUCGAGGACGAUUAGCAUCUCCCUUUCGGUCUGAACUACCGACAUUCUCUUCUCCGACUGUUGUUAAUGAUGGCAGUUGAAAAUGAAUUGGUUAAAACACAUGUACGACCUAGGUGUUUUAUGGAUGUAGCAGUUGAUAAUAUUCUUUUGGGUCGUAUUGUAUUUGAACUAUUUGAUGAUUUUUGCCCAUUGACUUGUGAAAAUUUCCGAGCAUUAUGUACAGGUGAAAAAGGUUUAGGAAAAAACUCUGGUAAACCUUUACAUUAUCAAGGUGUUAUAUUUCAUCGUGUUGUUAAGUCAUUUAUGGUACAGUGUGGAGAUUUUUCAAAUGGGAAUGGUACUGGUGGUGAAUCGAUAUUUGGAGGAACUUUUCCAGAUGAGAACUUUGAUUUAAAACAUGACCAACCAUUUUUACUUUCAAUGGCUAAUCGUGGACCAGAUACAAAUGGUUCACAGUUUUUUAUAACAACACAACCAACUCCUCACUUAGAUGGUGUACAUGUGGUAUUUGGAAGAGUGGUAUCUGGUCAACCUGUUGUUAUGCAGAUUGAAGAACUUGGUGUGGAUAAGAAUUCGCGGCCACUUCAGGAUGCAAAAGUAGUAAAAUGUGGAGAGCUUGUAUUAAAGUCUAAAAUUAAACAGUUAGAAAAAAGUGCAUCAGAUAGUGAAACAAGUUCAGGGUCAGAUAAUGAUAAAAAACGGAGACGGAAAAAAAAGAAGGAAAAAGAAUCUAAAAAAAAAAGUGGAAAGAAAUUGGACCGCUCAAAAAAUGAAAAUGAAAUUGCUGAAUCUGAAGGUCAGUUGCACCCACUUGUAUCUGUUUCUAAUAUUGACCCAGAAGAAAUACCAGCUGGUCCUCCAAAUAGAUUUUUGUCACGAGGAGGUCCUUCAUCUAUGUUUUUAAUGAAACCUAAAAGUGACACUGAUGAUAAGCCAAAAAAACGAAACAGAAUUCGUGGUGUUACAAAAUCUGGCCGUGUAGUAAAAGGUCGUGGGAAUCUUAGAUUUCGAACUCCAUCCCGUAGUAGGUCAAGAAGUUAUACUCCACCUCAUUGGAGAUUAGAACAAAAAAAAUUGAUCACAUUUAACGAAUUUGAAAAAAUUGAGACUGAACGUAAACAAAGAGAAGAAGAAAUAAAAAGGCGCGAAGAGGCCAGAAAAUUAAGACAUGAAGAAAAAGAAAAGCAUGAGAAAGGUAAAGAUGGACAAACACCUCCAGGAACCCCACCUAAGAUUUUCAAUAAACAAAAUGUUAAAUCAGAAAUUGAUAUGAUGGCUAAAAUUGAAGAUGUAUUUCAAAUUAUUCGUGAUCGCAAUUUAAAAAAUACUUCAGAAAAUUAUGAUGAUAAAAUAAUAGAUCAACGUUCCAAUGAUUAUAAUAAGAAAAAAAGAAAUGACGACCGAGAAAAAUUUCAAAAACUUGAGAAAAAAUUUGAUAAACGUUCAAGAAGCCGCUCACCAAAACGUCGGUAUGAUGACCGGUCUCGACGAGAUAGAAGCCAAAGAGAUGGAAACAGAUACUAUAAGAAAGAUAGGUACAAUAACAGACCAAUAACACAAGGAGGUAAUAGAAAUCGUUCCAGAGAUAAAGAACAUUAUAACAAAAAAAAGAAGGAUAACCGGAGAAUAAGUUCUGGUUCUCCUGAUAAUCAUAAAAAUAAAAGCAAAGUUAAGAAUGGUAAUAGUUUUAGUUUGUCACCUGAAGUAAAAGAUUAAAUUAUCAAUUAUGUUCACUGUUCUUUUAUAAUAAUCUUAAAUAAUUCAUGGGCUUUAAACUUUUUAUCUGUAUUUUAUUUUUAUAUUGUUAAGUAAUUUAUGUUAUUUUAAAUUCUAAACUUAAAAAUGAUCCAUUAGAAUUAUUGAAUGUUUAUUAAAGCCUUGCAAUUAGUUUUAAAAAAAAAUAUUCUCACAAUAUUGUAAUAAAUAAAAUCACAU